AUGGGGGGGGGCAUCACCCAGGCAUCAUCACCCGCUGUCACCGUCGUCACCGUCACUGCUGCCGCCUGUCCCGCCGUCUGCCGCUGCGCCGGCGGCCGUGUCUACUGCAACGACCGGGGGUUGACGGCCAUCCCCGAGGGUCUCCCCCCCGGUGCUACCACCCUCUUCCUCCAAAACAACCGGAUCGGUGAUGCCGGCAUCCCGGCGCGUUUGGGUCAUUUAUCGGCGUUAAAAGUUUUGUAUCUCUACGCUAACGCCUUGGAGCAAUUGCCGGCGUAUUUGCCGCCGGCACUGCGGGAGCUGCACCUCCAGGAGAACAAUGUCCGCGGGUUGUGCCGACGGGCGCUGGCGCGAGCACCGCUGCUGGAGCGCCUACACCUGGACGACAACUCGGUCUCGGCCGCCGGCAUUGAAGAAGACGCCUUCGCUGAAAAUCGCCGCUUACGGUUACUGUUUUUAUCCCGGAAUCACCUCAGCAGCGUUCCGCCAGGAUUGCCGCCGGCGCUGGAGGAGCUGCGCUUGGACGACAACCGGAUUCACACCAUCCCCCUCCGCGCCUUUGAGGGCCUGCCGGCGCUUCGGCGCUUGGUGCUGGACGGAAACCUGUUGGCCAACCAGCGGAUGGCGGACGACACCUUCAGCCGGUUGGUCAACCUCAGCGAGCUCUCAUUAGGGCGAAACGCACUAGCGGCGCCGCCGGCCAACCUCCCCCGCGCUCGCCUUCGCCGCUUGUCCUUAGCUGCCAACGCCAUCAGCCACGUCCCCGCCGGCGCCUUGGCGCGGAUGCGGUCGCUGGAGCGGCUGGAUCUCUCGGACAACAACCUGACGACGCUGCCGCGUGGGCUCUUCGACGACUUGGGGAGCCUGAGCCACCUGGGGCUGCGGAACAACCCCUGGUUCUGCGGCUGCACAACCUGGGCCUGGCUGAGGGACUGGCUACGCCUACGGGCGCCGCAGGGGCUGGAGGUUAAGGGGCUGCUGUGCCAGGCGCCGGCACGGUUACGGGGGGCUGGCGGGGUCCGGUGGCCCCCGGCCCCCCCCGGCGCAUCCUUACGGUUGAGUUGGUUACGGCCAGGGGCAGGGGCGGUGACGGAGACGUUGGUGCGAGGGGAGAGGGGGGAGUACGUGGUGACGGCGCUACAGCCGCGUGCUGCUUACCGCGUCU